AUGGCGCAGCGAUCCGACUCGUGUGUAAGUUCCGAACGUCGCGGUGCACUGCCUCUGACGUCCCGUCGGUGGAAAAAUGUUCUGGCCAACAGCGAGCUGACGGAUGUGGAAUUCGCCGUCGGCCGCCAAUGUGGUGAAGUGAAGCUCCUCCGCGCACACAAAUUGGCGCUGAGCGUCGGCAGCGAUGUUUUCCAUGCCAUGUUCUACGGGAGCUUGGUCGAGCUCACGGACAAACCCAUCGAUAUUCCCGAUAUCCCUCCCGAUGCUUUCACCAAUAUGCUCAGCUACAAUACCCUGUACUGCGCUGAGAAAUAUGAUUUACCGUGGUUGGCGAAGAUCUGCACUGACUUCGUCCUCGUUCAGUUGAAGCCCGACAACUGUUUGACGUACCUGGAAAAUGCCGUACGCUGGGUCCCGGAUUGUUCUAUUGCGAUUGAGAGAUGUCUGAAUUUGGUCGACGAAUUCUGCGCGGCCGUUCUGCAAUCGGAUUACUGGCCGAAACUGGAACGGACCACGCUGGAGACGGUUUUGCAGCGUGAUACUGUGUCGGCAGAAGAGAAUGUUAUCUACUUGGCUGUUGAGAAGUAA